AUGCCUGCUUCUUACUUGCUAUUCUCGACAUUGGCUAUCUUCUUGUUCGUUGCCGUGGUCAGCUUUGUCAUCGACACCGCACACGACAGCCUUGUAUCCCUAUGUGACCUCCCGGGCAUGAUGCACCUUCCCUUCUGCCCUACGAUCCCGUCGUGGUCUGCGGACAAUCCGAUCCUCCAUCAUGUGGACUACCCUGGUCUCGUAAAGGUGCAAAACAGCCUCCUCGACGACCUGGUCGGCCAGUCGGCUAGUGGCCAGGUGCUGGCAUUGAACGUCAAGCACGCCGAGCUAGCGGUUAGGGACCUGAUCGGCCUCGUUCGGGCGAGCAACUUGACUGGGAGAGACGCCCUUGCGGACGCGCUGAGCGGCUUCGUUUCCGACGCCCAAUUGACUGGUCGGGGUUUACAGCAACUGUCGGCCAAGAUACACGGAACUGUGGACAGUAUCGCAGCGUUCAACACCCACGCCUACUACACGAUCAGCUCGAACGGUGUACAAGGUGCCUCAUACACCAAUGGCGUCCUCGCGCGUACCUUUCAAGUUUCAACGGAUGCCCUGGCCGCCCAAGUUGGUCGUGUUCUUGUGGCGGCUAGUACCUCGGCGUUGGACCUAGACCGUCUGGAGGAAACGCUCACCAUCAUCCACGAGCUCUGUGCGCGCGAGGCGAUCUUGCAACAUAUCGUUGCUGAUGAUCUUCUUUGGAACUUGUGGACCCUCGUCGGGCUCAACCGAGCAAAGCUGCGGGAUCUCAAGCGCCGUGGCCUGGUCCUCAAGGAAGUCAAGCGGUUCCGGAACCUCGCCGUCGGCUAUGUUGCGGCCACGACCCAAGCGCUGCAGGUCGCCGAUGCGGAACUCCUCGAGUUACGGGAUAGGCUUGCGGAUGCCAGCGUCGGGAUGGAGGAUAUACCUGUAGAGGUUCAACUUGCCAGCAUCGAGCGCAUGUUGUGGAGGUUGAAGGUGGAGGGAUCGCGUGUGCGCGCCGAUCAGUCGGUGGCUCGUGCGGAACUGGACUGA